AUGUCGGCGAAUAUAAAUUCGAGCUAUGUUGGCGACCAAAAGGUGGCCGUAGUACAAAGCGAGUCCGAUGUAAAAGCUCUGAUUAAAGAAUACGAGACGGAGACGAGCAGCAAAUUCGUUGUUUACUACGGUGACAAGAGCUUUGGAUCAAAUGGCAAGUAUUACUGUUAA